UAGAGGCCAGUGAAGAAAAGGAGUGAGCGAGAAGAAGGAUGAUAGAAAAAGACAGUCCAAAAAAGACUUGAAACAAAGCAAACGGAGUGAAAGAAGCGUUCUAUCACUAGCUGAGGUUAUGGAGUGUGUUAGUGAAGCCAUUCAGGUGUAAGGAAACUAAAGGCAGGGUCGAUUUCUUCCCCUUAUCCCCCUCUCCUCCCAAGUGAAGUUUUUCAGAAGGAAAUACAGACAAAUGCUGCCUAAUUGGGUUAUUUGUUGCAGGAAUGAGGCUGCAAGCAAGAGAGAUUCACCAGCAACCAGAGUCGGUGAGGUGAAGGAACAUGCCUUUUACAAACACAAUGACGGCAAAUAAGACAACGGUGUUAAGCUGGACAACAACAACCUGCAACUCAAAAACUACUGACUGGACAAAUGAAAGAAUGCCAAAUUUGAAAAUAACCACAACAAUUUAUACCAGAGGAGAAAAGGGAUGCUGAUUGAUUGGCAAGAUGACUCUGACUGGCCAAGGUAUUGCCAUAGAGAAAGCAAUGGGGUCCCUGUGUAUGAAUGGUCAGAACAGAUAGUAAGAAGUUUGUUUUGAUCGUUGAAGAGCCACCGAGGUUUGAAUCUGAAAGCAUUGGUAAUCAGCACCAGAAUUCCACUAAAAAGAGUUCAACAAAGGUCCUGAUUGGUACACAGGGAGUUGACAGCACAGAGGUAAAGUGUCCCUUAAAGCCAAUUAAUAGCUGCCUUUCAAAGUCAAGACCAGCUAGUAGCGAGCAGAAAAUGUUGAAUCAAAAACUCGGCAUCAGCAACCCAAGCCUGGACAUCAACAAUGUAACAGAAAAUGAACUUUCCAUGCAGAAACCAUUAAAGAAUGCUUCCGGCCAAAGAUUUUCCUCUAAUAAAACAAGCAUCAUAAUUAGGAAUCCAAGCAUCAAGCAAAAGAUUUCAGAAUGGGAAGGUAAGAAGGAACCAGUGUUUUCAGCAGAUAAAGAAAAAUUGGAAAAUAAAGAAACAAAAGAACUUGAUAACAAGUCAGACCUGGUGAAAUGGGUUGAAGGAAAUGGCAUUAAAAAGACUGAAUGUAAACACUCAAAAGUUUGGAAUUUAGACAGCAAAGAUGCUGGGAAAGAGAAUGAAUACAAAGUAGAUGAUGGGAAGGCCAGGACCUUGGAGACUGAAAACAGAUUGUCUGGGGGCAAGCAGAAUGAGAUGAUAAAGUCUGAUUUGACACAGCAAGUUGGCAGGAAAGCAAAAGAGGUUGCCUGUACUAAAUUUGCCACAACACAGCCCUUGAAAAGAGACAGAACCACUGUGUUGAAUCAUAUCAAAAAGUUGGAAGAAAAGGCGAAGGAAGAUUCAGCAUCAAGUCAACUCAAGCUGCCUGGCGAUUAUUAUACCCCUCAGAGACUUCAGGAGGCACUGGCAGCCCAGGGGCCAUCAACCUCCAAGGAGAAAAAAGAUGGCAGCUGUAGCUCUGAGCUCAAGCGCAAGCACAUCCAGUCCAAUUCUGACUCUGAAGCAAGUGAACCAAGCUUUGGGACUCUGGACAAGGUGAAGGUCUCCUGGGCAAGCUGUAAAAUUAGAAAUGUGGAGAAUAUCUACUCAGAACCUGGAAUCCUGGACCAGGAGCUUACAGUGAAUCCCGUGCCCAAACCUAGGCGAACUUUUGAAUAUGGGACAGAAAAAAUGGCAGGCCUGUGUACAUUAAGGAAGAGCACCCGGCAAUUGCCAGACUUACCAGCCAUCCCCCCACCUCUGCCAUUGUCACCUCCCCCUACAGUCAGUACAGGGGCACUAAAUGGGAAACCAAGGACAAACACUAAGGAUAACCGUCGGAAAUCCUUUGAGUUUGAAGAUGUAAAAGACUUUCAGAGGCUGCAAACUCCCAAUUUCUGCAGAAAUGGACAAGUGGAUUGGUAUGCCCAGUCGAAGUUAGCACUGAACUACACUUUAUCAGAAGAGAACAUAUAUGAAGAUAUCCUGGACAUCCCCAAGGAAAACCCUUAUGAAGAUAUAGAAUCUGCCGACAGGCAGGGGAAACAGUGUGUCCAAGUUCGUCCUUCAUCAGCUGGGUCCACUCCAAAACCAGGGUCUCCAUCAGAAAUAAGGCCUGAGACUCCUACAAAGCUUCCAGUGAAGACGCCCUCCCUCUUUCGGCAUUCCUCAGAGAGGAGGAGUUUCAAAUUGUUGGACCUGAGAAAAAUCAAUAAAGAUGGGAUAAGCUCACCACCAAAAGCCAGUCCGCCAUCCACCCCCAGCAGUCCAGAUGACACGUUGAGCCUGGCAGGAGAUUCGCAAUUAUUAAAGAGAAGAAAAAAGAUUCCUAAGGUGGUGUUGAAAAUUAAUGCAAUCUAUGAGGCCAGGAGGGGCAAAAAGAAAGUGAAGAGGAUCACUCAGUCUUCGGAAACCAGCACAGGAAGAGUUACAGAUGAAAACAGUGAAACUGACAGCGAGACUGAAGAGAAACUUAAAGCUCACAGCCAACGACUUGUGUUGGUCAAGUCCAUGCUGAAACAAAGGGGUCGCUAUCGGACUUUGGAGAGGGAUCUCAUCGAGUUGCAGGAGUGGCAAUUAUUUGAAUUCUUUGUAGUGGUUGCUCUCCAUAUGAAGAAGGGAACCAGUGUGUACGUUCCUGAGGUUACCCAACAGUUCCCCCUGAAGUUGGACAAACCAUUCAAGUUCAUGCGAGAAACAGAAGAUCAGUUAAAAGUCAUCCCACAGUUCUGUUUCCCUGAUGCCAGAGACUGGGUUCCCGUUUCUGAAUUUGCCAGUGAAACUUUUUCUUUUGUUCUGACUGGAGAAGAUGGGAGCAGACGAUUUGGGUAUUGCCGGCGCUUACUGCCCACAGGGAAGGGGAAACGUUUGCCUGAGGUUUACUGUAUCGUCAGCCGGCUAGGCUGUUUUAACCUCUUCUCCAAGAUCCUGGAUGAGGUGGAGAAGCGGCGAGUGAUUUCCCCUGCUCUUGUUCAGCCAUUCAUGAGAAGCAUCAUGGAAGCUCCAUUCCCUGCUCCAGGGCGAACCAUCACUGUGAGGAACUUCCUUCCAGGAUCAGGGAAUGAGGUGAUCCAGCUAUGCAGGCCCUUGGACUCUCGUUUGGAGCACGUGGACUUUGAGUGUCUCUUUUUGUCCCUGACCGUCCGCCAGCUGAUUAAAGUCUUUGCUUCUCUUCUACUAGAAAGGAGGGUGAUUUUCACAGCAGAUAAACUCAGUACUCUAUCCAAGUGCUGCCAUGCGGUGAUGGCACUUCUUUAUCCUUUUGCCUGGCAGCACACCUACAUCCCUGUACUACCUCCAUCCAUGAUUGACAUAGCCUGCUCUCCCACUCCAUUUUUGAUAGGACUUCUCUCCAGCUCCUUGCCAAAGCUAAGGGACCUGCCACUUGAAGAGGUGUUGGUGGUUAAUCUUGGGACAAACAAAUUUCUCAGACAGGUGGAUGAUGAGGAUUCCAUUCUACCACGUAAACUGCAGGUUGCACUAGAACAUGUCCUAGAGAUGCGGAAUGAGUUGGCCAGUCAAGAAGAGGAGGAUACUCUCCUAGAUAAUCCUGGCUCCCUUAAUGCUGUGGUGUCUGAGACCUUUGUUCGUUUCUUUGUGGAGAUAGUUGGUCACUACUCCUUGUACAUGACGUCCAAUGAGAAAGAUGAAAGAAUUUUCCUGUGGGAGGCAUUUCGCAAGUCCAUCACGUCAAAAAGUGUCCGACGGUUUCUGGAGGUUUUCAUGGAGACGCAGAUGUUUGGGGGAUUCAUUCAAGAUCGAGAGCUAAGGAAGCUCGGGGUGAAAGGAUUAUUUGAGGUUAGAGCCCAGGACUACCUUGAAACUCUCCCUGGGAGUGAACAAAGAGGGAUGAACCGAUUUCUUAGAGGCCUAGGUAGUAAAAUGAAAUUCCUUCAUAAGAAGUAAAGAACCUUGACAAGGCAUCUUAAUGGCAAAGAGGGCUGAACCUAGCACAGUCACUUUUUCUUUUAUUCGGUGGUUCAUUGAUUUGAGAUCGUCAAUACAGCAAUAUCCGUUGGAGAUGAAGGAAGACUCUUAAUUCAAAGCUGUGCUCACUCUAAUUUGAAAGCCUUGAGGGGGAAUAAAACCAGUUCCAUUGAAUAUUUAUUAUUUAGACUUGCAUGAAGUCUUCCUCCCCUCUGCCUGGCUUUCAUUUGUCAUUGGAUAAACUUUACCUGCGGGAUGUCGUACAGUGGUCAAUGGAAGAGAGGUGGAGAAACAAGAAAGUGAAGGAGAAUGUACUAUACACAACCCUCAAAUAGUACUACAGACGUUUUGCAGAUAUGGAACACGUUGGAAGAUGAGGGAAAAGAAAGAAAAAGGUGGACAUUUGUAAAUUUGUGAAGUUACUGAUUUCAGAUGCUUUCUAUUUGGUUUUGAACUCUACUGUCAAUACUCAGGAGCCACAGACUUUGUCCUGUUCCAUUUAGUAUGACACAAGAGGAAAUAUAACUGCACCAGGACCUAUGAAAAAUCUGUCAUCCUCUAUGUAACACAUUGUCAGCCAAGAGAAUACUUGGUUUGGGAUUGUAAAUGUGGUUUUACCCUCAGGAGGUCAGCUUGAACGGCACAAUUGAUCUGUCAUUUGGGUGCAAUCUUGUACUGUAGAUAUCAUGUGCAUUUGUGCUGGUCAGUAGGGGAGGGUACAACAACGAAAGAUAAAUGAAGACUUUUCCAUUGCCUGCUUGACAACAGGGAUGGAUAUGCGAAAGGAGUGAUGCAGCCCAGAUCUCCCUGUAUAUCAUAGUGUACAAACCACUCAAACUUCAGAACCACUUGACUGUGUUAAUGUGCUACAUUGUGUACAUUGUCUGAACUGUAUGCCUUUGUAGCAUUCCAAGAUGAAUUGUCAAGUGGGGUGAGUUAUUGGAGAAUUGUAUUUUGUGGAGCUGUUCAUUUGAGAGAGUAAGGGUAAGGGAGUUGCACCUUAAAUAUCCAACUCAUUUCACUUAGAAUAAGCCCCCUCUGACAGCUCUUAAUGACUAUCUGUCCAUACUUGAAGUAAUUGUAAAUAGUCAUUUGGUAGUACAGAACUUGGGUAUUGCUGAAAAAAGACACAGGUUGAAACUUUUCAUCUUGCUAUCAUCAGGACACUUCACAAGAAUACCAACAUAAGGGCAAAACAACAAUUUUUAUUGUAUAUGAAGAGUACUGAUUGGUUGGCAAGUGGACUCUGAUCAGUAGAGGUGUUGCCAUGGAAAAUACAUCAGUGAUGGUG